UCACGAGUUACGUUAUUUAUUCGGUUGGUGUCAAGUGUUUACUAUUUAGUUUUUCAGUUUUAACACAUUUAAAGCAAAUUUUUGAUUGUUCAAAAAUCUACAUUUGUGAACGAAACAGCAGAGUAGAGGAUGCCUAUUUCGGAACAGCAAUCAGAAGUCAUUUUCGAGGAGGAUGACCUUCCAUAUGAGGAAGAGAUCUUGCGUAAUCCGUACGCCGUCAAGUGCUGGCUUCGUUACGUCGAGCACAAAGGCACUGGAGCUCCCGGGCCUCUCAACCUUAUCUAUGAGAGGUCACUGAAAGAGUUGCCUGGAAGUUACAAACUUUGGUACAACUACCUGAAGGUCAGACGGAAGCAUGUCAAAGGUCGCUGCAUCAUUGACCCUGGCUAUGAAGACGUCAACAAUGCCUUUGAGAGAGCUUUGGUGUUCAUGCACAAGAUGCCUCGUAUCUGGCUGGACUACUGCCAGUUCCUCAUGGACCAGCGCAAAAUCUCCCGCGUACGACGGACAUUUGACAGGGCAUUGAGGGCGCUACCCAUCAGCCAGCACCAUCGCAUCUGGCCACUCUACCUCAAAUUUGUCCGGAUGUACCCCCUCCAUGAAACGGCUGUUCGGGUUUACAGAAGAUACCUAAAGCUAUUUCCUGAGAAUGCUGAGAAGUAUAUCGAGUACUUGGUGUCCAUCGACAGAUUGGACGAAGCAGCGGUCAGAAUGGCUGACAUUGUCAACAAUGCUAACUUUGUGUCAAAGGUUGGCAAGUCAAACCAUCAGUUGUGGCACGAUCUAUGUAAUCUCAUCUGCAAGAAUCCCACCAAGGUGACGUCUCUGAAGGUCGAUCCAAUCAUCCGAGGUGGCAUCAAACGAUUCACAGAUGAGCGAGGAAAACUCUGGUGCUCCCUGGCCGACUACUACAUCAGGAGUGGCCAUUUUGAAAAGGCCCGAGAUAUUUAUGAGGAGGCGAUACAGACAGUCACAACUGUCAGAGAUUUCACUCAGGUAUUUGAUGCGUACGCCCAGUUUGAGGAGAGCAUGAUCAGCGCAAAGAUGGAAACCACGUCUGAGUUGGGACAUGCUGAGGAAGAUGAUACAGACCUCGAGCUACGCUUAGAGCGCUACGAAGACCUGAUGGACCGGCGCCCUCUACUUUUGAACAGCGUCCUGCUUCGACAAAACCCGCACAAUGUCCACGAGUGGCACAAACGGGUCAAUCUGUUUGAAGGGAAACCGAAGGAGAUUAUUAAUACAUACACCGAAGCAGUUCAGACCGUGGAUGCAAACCAGGCAACUGGUAAACUGUACACGUUAUGGGUGGAGUUUGCAAAGUACUAUGAGAAGCAUGGACAGAUACCUGAGGCGCGGCUGAUUUUUGAGAAGGGUACAAAGGUCAGUUAUGUCAAAGUGGAUGACCUCGGAGCAGUGUGGUGUGAAUGGGCAGAGAUGGAGCUCAGGCAUGAGAAUUUCAGUGAAGCUUUAGUACUACUGAGGAGAGCAACAGCAACGCCAAAGAACAAAGCAUCCUACUAUGACAAGAGUGAGCCUGUACAGAACCGACUCUACAAGAACCUGAAAGUGUGGUCCAUGUAUGCUGAUCUUGAAGAAAGUUUUGGAACCUUCAAGAGCACAAAAGCAGUGUACGACCGAAUGGUUGAUCUGAGAAUCGCCACACCCCAGAUCAUCAUCAACUAUGGCAUGUUUCUGGAAGAGCAUAACUACUAUGAGGAAGCCUUUAAGGCAUACGAGAAGGGCAUUGGACUGUUUAAGUGGCCAAAUGUUUUUGACAUGUGGAACACAUACUUGACCAAAUUCAUCGAGCGAUAUGGUGGCAAAAAGUUGGAAAGAGCCAGAGAUCUGUUUGAGCAGUGCUUGGACGGUUGCCCCAAGAAAUUUGCUAAGGGAAUUUUUCUGCUUUACGCCAAGAUGGAGGAGAACUAUGGUCUGGCCAGACACGCUAUGGCUGUUUACGAGCGGGCAACAGAGGGCGUGCUUCCUGAAGAACAAAAUGAGAUGUUCAACAUCUACAUCAAGAGAGCUGCCGAGGUGUACGGUGUGACGCACACCCGCUCCAUCUAUGAGAAGGCCAUCGAGGUCCUACCUGAGGAACAGUCUAGGAGUAUGUGUCUACGUUUUGCUGAUCUAGAACGGAAGCUUGGGGAGAUUGACCGAGCCAGGGCUGUCUACGCUCACUGCUCACAGAUGUGUGACCCCAGAACAACUGCAGCUUUCUGGCAAACGUGGAAAGAGUUUGAGAUUAAACAUGGAAAUGAAGACACAGUACGAGAGAUGCUAAGAAUCAAACGCAGUGUCCAGGCAACUUUCAACACACAGGUGAACUUCAUGUCGGCUCAGAUGUUAGCUGCAUCCAAAACCCCAUCUGGUACAGUUUCUGAUCUUGGAUCUGGUGGCUUGGAUGAUAUGAAGUUAUUGGAACAACGAGCUCAAGUUAUGGCCGCCGAGGCCGAAGCUGAUAAACCUAAAUCAAAGAAAGAUAUUCUGUUUGUCAGGGGAAACGCCAAAGCCAGCGAUGCCGAUCUGGCUGAAGCAGCACGGACAACCAACCCCGAGGAGAUCAAUAUCGACAUCGACGAUGAUGAUGAUGAAAGUGGGGACGAUGUAGAUGAAGUACAAGUGGAGACCCAAGCCAUCCCAACCGAGGUAUAUGGAAACAUCCAGCAACAAGAGUAACCAGAUAUUCCAUGAUUCUCAACCGUUGUUAACUAACCCAACUCACCUGACAUCAUCAAAAUAAUUCUUGGUUGUGCCAUUUUGGAAGUCUAUGUCCGUGUAUAGCAUUAUAGUGUACAUUUUAGGCGACAACUUUCUACCCUUGUUGCAAUUUUUCCAGGGCAAUUUGACACCCAAAGUGGCAAGCAGUGUCCACAUGUAAAGAUGAUGCAAGGGAUCUAUAGCACAGUGUAAUUGUUUAUCAAACUAAACAAUAAAUCUUUGUUUAACAAAAAUGGAUGUUUUUAUGUUAAAGUAAGCAAAGAAAUUCGCUGAAUGUCGAAAAUCUUUAUGAAAUUGGGCCAAGCUUAACAAAAGCAGUGGGCAAGUUAGUAUGCCUCUUGCUUUGAAUGAAGGAAAACUAAAAUUAACUAUGGAUGCUUUUAAACACUGAACUGGCCAGCUGGCCUUGGAGAGAGUUAUGACUGGUCCCCAGGUUUUUUUACUGGCAAUUGGCCAGUAGUUAAAAGAAAACGCUGAGUUAAAGGCACUGUACAUGUUUGGUAAUUGCUCAAAAUAUAUAUUAGCAUAACACCUUACUUGGUAACAAGCA